GCAGUUAAGCUUGUGGGAGUGUAGUGUUAACACCACACCACCACGCCACACCACCACGCCAUACCAUACCACACCACAUCACACCACACCACACCACACGGCACGACACGAAACGACACGACACGACACAACCACCACCACCACCACCACCACCACCACCACCACCACCACCACCACCACCACACAGCACCACCACCAGGCACCACCACACACCACCACACACCAUACCAUACCACACCACACCACACCACGGUAUCUUUGGCGCCCCGACCUGUCCAGCCCCGCCGAUCCCCGCCAAGCCCCUCUCAUCCCCGCCCCAUCCCGCCGCGGCUAGGAUAACAAUUUCCCAUCACAUAUUAAGCGUAAUUUCGAGCGUUUUGCAGGAGUUUCCAGAGUAGUUGUGGAGGCGCCUAACAUCCCCGCCUGAAAGUGAUGCCCUUGUGAUGGUGAUGACGGUAGCAUGCUGAGGCGCCUAGGCCACACUCCAGCCAUGAGUGUCCUUGGAUCGCGUCACGGGAGGGGUGCCGUUCUCCUGACGGCGGCGCUGACGGUGGCAGUGCUGUGGGGCAGCGUGGAGGCCCAGAAACCCAAGGACAACUUCUACAACCGCCUGCCGCCGGGUCGCCUCUACCCCGCUGGCUGGCUGGAGAAGCAGCAGGAGUUUCGAGUGUCUGCCCCGGGCGACAAGAAAACCCACGCGAAAUGGGUGCUGGUGGCCGGGCGCCGCGUUGUGCCAGGGUCCGUAUACCGCGUGGUGGUGGAGGCCCUCAGCGUGUCGGAGCCCCUCACGGUGACCGCCGCCCUCAUCAGGUCCUCGGAGCAGGUUACCGCCAACAAGGUGACACUCAAGAAGGGCGAGAUAUCGGAGAUUCUACUUAAGGCCCCGGAUGGCAGCGUCCCCGGAAACUGGCAGCUGCGAGUGGAGGGUCGCGAGGGCAUCAACGCCAUUUUCAAGAGAAUCACCACUCUCGAAUUUCAAGCCAACUUCCUCACCAUUCUCAUGCAACCCUCGCGCCCUGUUUACACCGCUGGACAGACAGUGUACUUUCGUGCCAUCCUGCUGACCCGUGACCUCAAACCCUACGAUGACCCCGUGGACGUGUAUGUCUUGGACCCUCGCGGCCGCUCGAUGCGUAGAUGGCCGUCCAUGCAGACCAGUCACGGAGUGAUCAAUUUGAACUUCGAGCUGCCGGAGUACCCUAUGGUGGGACCCUGGACUCUGCGGGUGCAGGCGAGGACACAGAGGCAGGACAAGGUGAUACAGGUGGAACACUACUUCAGGCCCAGGUUUGAGGUGUUCGUGCGGUUGCCCCAAACCAUCAAGACGUCCUCUGAGAUGGUGGAGGGUGUGGUGGUGGCCAACAUGACCAACUGGAGGGACGUGUUCGGCAACCUGACCAUCAAGCUUCAAUUCGCGCCGCCCGGCCGCUACAAACCCCACUCCCCGCACCUCGACGUGCCGGACAACUUCACUGAUGUCUUUGAGGAGUUCGUUGAGCCAUUCCGAGGCUACCACCCCUUCGCGCUGCCCCUCGACAAGGUGAGGGAGAGGCUGGGCAGCAGCAAGGGCCUGCGAGGGUCUACGGUGCGAGUGUGGGCCGCCGCUGGGGACUCCUUCGGGUGGCAGGUGCAGAAGGGGUGGGCGUUGGCGCGGCUGGUGGAGGACGAGGCAAAGGUCGUUUUCCUCGGGGACCAGCCGGUCAUCUUUCAUCCUGGCAUGCCCGUAACUGUGCAGGUGUUCGCCACGUACCAGGAUGACCACCCACUUGAGGAAGAGGAACUGCUGGGCAGCAGGAUCACGGUCACCAUCUCCAUCGCAGGGGGGAAAACGCAGGUGGAGGAGAUGGUGGUAUGGGGCGCGGAGCUGGCGGAGACCAAGGGCAUCGGAGAGGUAACUUUCGACAUCCCGGACAACGCCCUUAACUUCAAGGUGGACGCCAGUCUGGUGACGGGCAGCGGCCUGACAUCCUCAGCCACCAUGGUCGGGCAGAAACAACAUUCCCCCAGGAACCGCCACCUUCAAAUAGAGACGUCCACGCCUGACGCAACUCCGGGACAAUUCAUCACCUUGCACGUCAGGAACAACUUCUAUAUGGAAUACUUCAAUUAUGUGGUCAUCUCCGAGGGCGUGAUGGUGUACAGCGGGCGUGAACCUGUGGGUGACCUGACGCCGCCCACCAUCACCACCUUCGCGCUGCCGGCCUCUGCCGAGAUGGCCCCCGCCGCCCGCAUCGUGGUGUGGACCGUGACGCAGGACGGCCAGAUGGUGUCCCACGCCCUCGCCGUUCCCGUGAAUCCCUUAGGGCGUCACGAGGUGGGCAUCAGGUGGAACGAACAUAAAGACCACUCCGGCGGUAGCGUGGAGAUGAAGAUGCUGGGAGAGGGCGGCGCCUUCUUCGGGGUGUCGUCCAUGUGGGAGGAGACGCACCUCAUGGACGCGGGACACGAGCUGGACCCACCCCGCAUCCUGACGGAGAUGAUGAGGCUGGACCAGGUGCAGGACGUGCUGGCUAUGCGGCAGACCAACACCUCCGUGCCGCACCUGCGACGUGCCUCCACCAGGUCGCGUGACGGGGCCGGGGCGUGGGUCAGCUUCUUUCCCACCUCCCUGGCUGGCCCAGACGCCCCCACCACUUUCAACUUCUCCCAUCUCAUAGUGCUGACUGACGCCGACCUCUUCUACCAUCCACACCACGCCUCAGUGUCUCCAGGCUGCGAUCCUGAUCAGUUCAAGUGCCUGACCGGCGGCUGCUACUCCGUGAAAGAGCGAUGCAAUGGGAAAUUCUUCUGCGCCGACCACUCCGACGAGACAGGAUGCCCUGUUGAGGUGGAUCCCAUGAGGGAAUUCCGCCUGUACCGUCUGAGUCGCUUGAACCGAUUCUACGACCCCAUCCACGGCGACUGGGCGUGGCUGGACGUGCGGGGCUUGGGCACAGAGAUCCAGGUGUUUCCGAUCCCCAAGCGGCCGCAGACGUGGGUCGUGUCCAUGUUCGCCGUCGGGAAGGAGCUGGGUCUUGGCGUCAUGCAGGAGAAGAUACAGUUUGACUCCGCGGGGCCGUUCAUGAUCACGUUAGAAGGUCCGUCGGUGGCGCGCCAGUGGGAGCAGGUGGGGCUGCGGGCGUGCGUGUUCAACUUCCACCAUAGUAAGGUGGGUGUGCUGGUGACGCUGCCCGAAUCCCCUGACUACCGCUCCGUGCUGGUGGAGGAGAACGGCGUCGUCACUUCUUACAAGCCUCGCACUGCUACGGGGGAACGACAGCAUAUCGUGUGGCUGGAUGCCGGGGAGUCGCGCGACGUGCACAUUCCCAUCGUGUUCACGCGCAAGGGCACGGUGGAGGUGGAGGUGAUCGGCUCCACUAUGAUGCAGAAGGACUCGGACAGCGUGGUGAUCGAGGUGAACGCCGAGGGCGUGUCCAUCGGCAAACACACCUCCAUCCUGCUGGACCUCAAGAACCGGGCGCUGGUGUACGAGUUCCUGGACAUCCAACUGGACGAGGUGCCGGAGAUCCCCUACUCCCUGGACCGACGCUACAUUUACGACACUCCCGCCGGCCACAUCUCAAUCACUGGGGACGUGGUGGGCCCGGCCUUCCCUGAGGUGCCCGUGAACAGCGCCUCCCUCCUGGGCCUGGAGAUGAUGGGAGCCGAGACCGCUGCUUAUAAUUUUGCCGCCAACCUGUGGACACUGCAUUACCUGCGCCUCACCAACCAGCUGCAGCCCUCGCUGACUUACCAGGUUUUGACGGCGGUGAACGUGGAGUACGCCGCCAUAGCUCGCUACCAGGACGAGACAGGCGCCUUCAAGAUGUGGCCUGAUUCUGAGCCCAGCGUGUGGCUCACCGCCUACAUCUUGCGCACACUGUGGCUCGCCAGCUUCCAGGACUGGGAGAACCUGAUCUACAUCGACCCCGCCGUGGUGAACCAGGCGAUAUCGUGGAUGCUUGAGUACCAGACCCACGACGGCGCCUUCAUCGAGACCCCCAACUACACCCAUCCACUGGACUCCAAGACCAACCCACCGCCAUACUCGAGGAAGGACUACAAGAAGGGCAGCGUGCCCCUCACUGCACAGGUGGUGCUGACGCUGGUGGCUGUGCUGCCCUCGGUAAAGGGAAACACGCGGGCACGACUCAACAUCGCCAAGGCCAACGCCAUCCGCUACCUGGAGCAGGAGCUGGGAGGCCUCUCCGACCCGUACGAAGUGGCGCUAGUGGCGUGGGCGCUCACCAAGGCCGAUUCGCCCAAGAAGGAGAGUGGUUUUAGUCUUCUCCACAACAUGAAGAGAGAGCACGGCAACAAAGUCUACUGGUCUCGUGAGCCCAUUGCCUUCAACAACCUGGUGUACGAGGACAACCAGAGGCCGUUCAUGCUGCCCAAGGACGACCAAAAGUGGGACGCACAUGCCGUCGAGACCACCUCUUACGCCUUGCUGGUCUUCGUGGCUCGCGACGGCAUCGGUAUUCUGCAGGAGAACAUCGUGCGCUUCCUGGCCGUCAUGCGGGAACUGGACGGCGGCCUCAUCUCCACCCUGGACAGUGUGGUAGCGAUGGAGGCGCUGGUGGAGUACUCGUACCGGGCGCGCCUCAGAGAUGUGACGGACAUGCGGGUCACCAUCGAACACUCCUCUGAUCCGAACUUCACCGUGGACGUGCAGAUAGACAACACCCAGCGCCUGGCGGAGCUCAGAUCCUUCGAUCUGAACAACAUCUACGGACACAUCAGCGUGGUGGGGCACGGGUCGGGGCAGGCGCUGGUGCAGCUCGACUACAGCUACGGCGUGGACUUGGCGCACCAGCUGGACUUCCCUCCCGUGAAUUCCUUCGAGUUCAACGUCUACUCGCAGUUCUACGGACGGAACAACUCUCACCUUCGUUUCACCGCCUGUCAGAGGUGGACCUACACGGAGGAGUCAGAGACGAGCGGCGUGGCGGUGGUGGAGAUGCACCUCCCCUCAGGCUACUACGUGAUGCAGGAUGACCUCAUCCGCUUGGUGCAGUCCCGCAAAGUGAGGAACCUCCGCUGGGCCUACCGUACCACCACCCAAGUCAAGUUCUUCUUCAACCACCUUGACACCGAGAGAACCUGUGUCUCCUACGAGGUGGAGCGCUGGCACCCCGUAGCCAACCACUCCCGCUACAACAUGGCCAGAGUGUACGACCUCUACCAGCCAGAACGCUUCAACAUGACGCUGAUGGAGGUGUACCCGCUGUACGAUCUCGACCUGUGCGAGGUGUGCGGCUCCUACCAGUGCCCCUACUGCCCCUUCUACAGCAGCGCUCCGCCCCAGCCUCCGCCAACCCUCUUGGUCCUGCUGCUCCUCGUACUGGUGCUGCUUCUCAGGUCAGCGGCAGACGGUGACCUUUGACAGUGGCAGGAAGAAGGUGGAGAAAGAGGAAGUAGCAUUGUGACUUGUGCCAACGAAGAAAACGUGGAUAGAGGAAGAAGGGCAGGACAGGGGAGAAAGAAGAUAAGGACGAAGUGGAAAUUAGGAUGAGAAAAAAGUGACAUUGGAACCUCAUCCGUUUUCUUUUCAUAGACUCCAGUUACUUGUCAUGGGUCCCGCAGAAAUAGUUUCCCUUUAGAGUGACUCGAUUUUCGAGCAAAUAAAACAAAAGGAAAGGACCAUCAUUGUCCGCUGCUUGAUUUUUUUUUUUUUUUUGUGGAGAAGGUUGUGCUCCCCUACAAGUCUCGUAUGAAAAACGUGAGGUGCCGAAUUCACAGUGUCCGGCGGGCAGCGGCUGGAUCUGGCGACCUCGAGCCAGGAUUACUGGAGGUGAUGUGACUCAGGCUGCGUGGAGACCGCCAAGGCCGCUGCAGCUGCAGCAGCAUGGAUGUGUGACAGUGUUAAUUGUUUUUGCUUAUUAGUUUUCACAUGUUUAAUCUCAAUGAAGACGUGUUAAGGAAUAGGUAAGGAAUAGGUGCUACACACACACACACACACACACACACACACACACACACACACACACACACACACACACACAGAGAGAGAGAGAGAGAGAGAGAGAGAGAGAGAGAGAGAGAGAGAGAGAGAGAGAGAGAGAGAGAGAGAGAGAGAGAGAGAGAGAGAGAGAGAGAGAGAGAGAGAGAGAGAGAGAGAGAGAGAGAGAGAGAGAGAUGUGUGAACUUUAGUCAUGGUCACUGUAUCAGUGAUUAAGAGAAAGACGGAAAGAUAGAAGAGGUGUUCAUGUUACUAAUGUCACUGUUAUUGCUGGCUUUGUUAUUGACAUUAUUGGUACUAAUUUUAUCACAUUGUAAUCAAAAUGUCGAUUGUAGGAUUUUAUCUUCUGAACAGCUAUUUUUCUUGUAUUGUAAUGAAGGUAACCUGAGCAAACCUUUUCCUGCCUGUCCGUUUGUCCAUCUUUCCGUCCAUUUGUGUCCGUCCAUCUGUGUACCCGUCCGUCUGUCAGUCUGGCCGAGGACGUACGCUUACCAUGAGUAGCUGUGGAGUGCGUCAUGUUUUUAUAUCACCGAGUAAUUAUAUAGAUGAUUACCAUAAUAAUACAUAACUAAGUAUUUUAGGUGCUUGUAUAUGACGAAGUGCAGAAUUAUAUGCUAUACGCCAUGUACUAUCCAUACGUUUUCAUAGGUAUUUUGAAAUUGUCUAUUUUGUAACGCACGGUUUUGAUAUUCUGUAAAAAAAAUAAAACUAUAUACUAUA